CAUAUUCAUCAUGGCUAGCAUUCUGAAACGUGCAUCUUUCUCACCAGUCGUGACCGGUGCCGCUUUGUUGGUACUCCUCAAAGGUCCCGAGAACAUACAACGACCAGUCUAUGACUAUCUCCACCAACUAUUGAAACCUCACAACAUCGAACGCUUGAUCACAACUUUGAAAUGGCUGUUCGCAUACGGUCUGAUCAAGAAUGUCAACGAAGCCAUCAACCAACUCGCCCGCAACAACUUCUCCCUCCGCUCCAGCAAAGCAGAUUGGGACUGGAACAACGAAAUCGCCAUAGUCACCGGCGGCUCCUCAGGCUUCGGCGCCCUCUUCUCCAAAGACCUUUCCCAAAAGGGCAUCCACGUCGUCGCCAUCGACGUAAACCCACUCCCCUCCCACCUCGAGAACAACCCCAAAAUCUCCUUUUUCAAAUGCGAUGUCACCGAUGUCGAAGCCGUCAACGCCGUCGCCGCAGAAAUCAAAUCCAAAAUCGGACAUCCCUCUAUCCUGAUCAAUAACGCAGGAAUAGGCGGUCAACGCCCCAUCCUCCAGACCAAACCGGAGCAAUUGAAGAAACUCAUGGGGGUAAACUUGUUCGCUCAUUACUACCUCGUUCAAGCUUUCCUCCCCAAUAUGUUGGAGAACCGCAAAGGCCAUAUCAUUUCCAUCGCCAGUAUGGCUUCCUUCUUCACCACUCCCGGCAUUACAGAUUACUCUUGUUCCAAAGCUGCGGUUUUGGCUUUCAACGAAGGCUUGAGUACGGAAUUGAGGACUAUUCACCGUUGUCCUGAGAUAAAGACUACAGUGGUGCAUCCCUUCUUCGCGGAUACGCCUAUCAUUGCUGCUGGAAAAGCCGAGCUUCAAAAAGCUGGUGCUAAAAUCUUGGAUCCGCAGGAUAUCAGUGAUGCCGUGGUGGAUCAGAUCUUGAAUGCGAGGAGUGGGCAGAUUUUGUUGAGUAAUGGGUUCGGACCUGGGAGAGUGAUCUUUCGCAUUAUCUGAAGAAGUAGAUUCGAUGUGGACGUGUCUGUGGUUUUAUGUUUCAUGUUGAUUUUGAGUUAGAUAUGACUUUGGGUCCA